UCUAUAUAUUCCCCGCAAACCUCGCUGUGCCCUUCAGCUUCUGGACGAAAACACAGAACCCAAGGACCUCCAGUUCCGCGUCUUCUGCUAUUGCUUGCUGUGCUGUUCAUCCGACAAUGGCUUCGGCGUUGGCAUCUUCGCCCUCGACCCUGGUCACCGGCAGGGCCCCUCGUCCCGUGCGGGCCGCGAUGGCGCCGUGCUCCGUAGCGUUCCCGCGGAGAACGCGCUGGAGCGGCGGCAAGCCGUCGGGGCUGUCGGUGGUGAGAGCCCAGGAAGGCGACAAGAAGGACUCGGCGGUGGACGUGCAGGUGAGUAAGAGCGAUCAGGGACAGGGGACGUCCGUCGAGAGGAGGCCGCGACGCUUGGCCGUUGAUGUCUCCCCCUUCGGCUUAUUGGACCCGCUAUCGCCGAUGAGGACGAUGCGUCAAAUGUUGGACACAAUGGAUCGGCUGUUCGAGGAUGCCAUGACACUACCUGGCGGUAGGAACAGGGCGGCCGGAGAAAUGCGGGCCCCGUGGGACAUCCAUGAUGACGAGCACGAGAUCAGGAUGCGGUUCGACGUGCCCGGACUUGCCAAGGAGGAUGUCAAGGUGUCCAUAGAAGACGACAUGCUGGUCAUCAGGGGGGAGCAGAAGAAGGAAGAAGGUGAGAGGGAUGUGUGGUCAAGCCGGAGCUUCAGCUCCUACGACACCCGCCUCCAGCUACCCGACAACUGCGAGAAGGACAAGAUUAAGGCCGAGCUCAAGAACGGGGUUCUUUACGUCUCCAUCCCGAAGACGAAAGUGGAGCGCAAGGUCAUCGAUGUGCAAGUACAGUGAAGUUCCACUGAGUGGUCUAAAUACCUGAGUAAGUAGCUUGCUAUGUGUUCUCAGUGGAGGCUAUUUUGUCUUCAGGCCUGAUGCAUGUAGGAUCUCUACCGGUUUUGUAUCUAAUACAGCUUUUAGUGUGAAAUAAAGGCUGCCGUGUUCGUAUUCCUGCCA